UGAUUUAAGUAUCGACUUGAGCAUGUUACUCAACGAUUCUACAUUUCCUUAUCUUAAAAAAAGAUAGAGCAAUGUCCCCUAUGUCAUAGACGCUGAACAGAUUCAAUGAGAUAAUGUUUAUCCAUCACCCAGCAGUUCCUACCUAGUUCAUAGUAUAUUCAGUCAGCAGUCCCUUCCUGAUCUUAUCUUUCCGUGAGUAGGGAUUGGGAUAGGCAAAAGAACCUAUUGCUCUUCUUCCAACACUAUCCUAACACUGUGCUCCACCGGAAUCCCAAUGUAUUACUGUCAGUUAAUGCUAAUUGCUGCAGGACACUCAUCAAGAGCCAUGCCCUUGGCUAGGUGCUUGGAGGCAUCUUGUGUCUGUUUCCAAUGAUUGCCCACUACAGGAGGGUCCCUAUAGUGUUUAUUUUGUUUGCUUUUGGUUUGGGGAGGCCCGAUGGGCUUAGGCUGGGGAUAGUCUCUAAGGAAGAGGAAAGGCCCAUUCAUACCAGCAGGUAGGUCCUCAAUCCCAAACAGUCUCCAUUUCAAAGCUUCUUAGCCAUUAACAGGCUCGGAAGAGGCGUGUUAAGGAAAGUGAAAGAACCCAGUCCCGUUUGUAAUACAUUGGAGUUAAGAGCAUGAGUUUCAGGGGCCCUGGGCAUAUUAUUUAACAUUUUAGAAUCUCCCAAUCCUUUAAAGGGAGAACAUUCCUUUCUUGACAGAGUUAUUGGGACGACUAAAUCCCAAUGUUUGUCGGUAUCUGGGGUAUCUGGCCAAUGUAAUCGCUCAAUUACCUCCAUCACCCACCGCCUGUGCCUUGGAGGGGGAACGUGUAAAGCAGCAUUAGGGGUCGGGGAAAGGGCAGGGGCUACUUUACUUUGUCUUUGAGCCUCGGAUUUCCUGUCCUAGGAAACCGCAGCAUUUCCCACUCCUGCCCCCGACUUCAGCAGGGAAAGGAACUUGAUGAGGGGCCCUCGGGGUGCAAAUGCCUUUAGUCCCAAAUGUCCUCCUCGCUACAGAAUGAACCAGUUCCCCUCCAGCUUGCCUCCAACCCAGGACGCAGCGGGGCUCAGGCGACCCCCAGUGGGCAGUGAAGAUGAGAUCCUCUACAUCCUUAGGGCAGCUCAGAGGGCCACUCAGCGGCCAAGUCCGGCCGGGGCGGGCCGAGGGCGCUGUUUGAGGUCACCCUGGAGACCGGCCUCAGAGUCCAGUGGGAGUGCGCCGGCGGCCGCCGGCUGAGUGAGGCCCGGGAGACCGGAGCCGCGCCGCGCGCAGCGUCUGCAGUGAACGAGCCGGAGGUCUGGGAGGCUCCGGGCGAAGCCUCCCUGCUGCAGGUUAUGAUGAUGUCAGACAAUACUAAAGACAGAGCAGCUCGUUCAUCGAAGAAAAGAGGGAGUAUUUCUUCUCUAAGUAAUCAUGAAUUUUGGCGAAAGGAAAUUCAUGGGCGCACCAAAGAUUCUACGAGUACCGUGUCUUACAUGGAUGAACCUAGUCAGCGUGAUGAUGUCUCUCGCCUUACAGUUCAGAUGGAAAACACCUAUCAGUUGGGUCCUCCCAAACAUUUUCCUGCGAUCAUUGUCAAUCAUAUUUUGAAAGAUGUGUUAACCAGCUAUCUACAAGUAGAAGAAUAUGAACCAGAGCUCUGUAGACAGAUGACUAAAACCAUUUCUGAGGUUAUUAAAGCCCGGGUCAAGGACUUGAUGAUUCCACGAUAUAAACUAAUUGUCAUUGUUCACAUUGGACAACUGAACAGGCAGAGCAUACUUAUUGGAAGCAGAUGCCUCUGGGAUCCUAAAAAUGAUACCUUUUCAUCUUACGUUUUCAGAAAUUCUUCUCUUUUCGCUCUUGCAAAUGUCUAUGCAGUUUACCUUGAGUGACUGAAAAUAAGAAAUCUAGCUCUUACUUUUGAAAAUCCUGAGGCAGACUGUAUGUCUGUAUACAAAAGUUUUACUGCCAAAAACUUUGAGAAAGAAACAACACUGAUAUUUCAAGCAACUGGAAGCUUUUGAAUUUUUUCAUAUUCUAGUAAAGAUUGGGGGCGGGGAGGGUAGCACAGAAAGAAUCUUGUUUUUCUAAAGCAGGAACUUGGUCUUGGUUUUGCUGGAUUGUUUUCCAUAGACAUAGAUUCUUAUUAAAUAUUUGUUUUGGUACUAAUUAUUUUAAUUAUUCUUUAAUUAGAGAGUUACAAUUUCCUGCAUUGGUUUUUAAUAAAGAAAAGCUUUAGAAAAACUAUGGCUAUAUACCCUGGCCAAUAAAUGAUAGCAGAAUAUUCAACAUGGGUACACACAAAUGAUAAAUAAUAUGCCUCAGUGCUGCGUAUAAAAGAAUACUGGUUUUCAUUUUGUACUUAAUAAAUUGAGCAGCAUUCAUUAAGUGCAAUUAUUGUUACAUGUACCUGACAGUUGAAACUGCUGAGGUAGAAUUAAUGGCUUCAUAACAAUUAUCGUGGUCCCACGGGCUGCAAGCUAAAACUAGAAGCUCUUGUGGCUUGCCUGCACUUUACACAACUGUGGGAGAACUGAAUGUUGGCUCUUCAGUAAUGGAAACUAUAAAGUGAAUAAAGGCUUUUUGGGGCACUGAAGUAGACAUUGUGAUAUUAAAUAUACAUGAUGCUUAAUACUAAAUGUGUCUGUAACACAUAAAAUCAUUUAUUGGAAAGAGACAUCGUUUUUAAAUAUCCUGAGCUAACAAACUUUUUCACAAAAUAUAUAGCUGGCACCUUAACAAAUAAAGCAUGUGUAUUUACCAUUUUA